GACAAUGGUAGCGGAUAUCAACAUAUCCGGCAAUUUGACAGGCUUUAUGGGCCAUCAGAUUACUUGAACACUCAGCCAACCGGCGGGGGUUUAUCCGAAUUGGAACGGUGGAUUAAAGCAUUAGGACCCGAGACAUCAAAUACUAUGGACAUGAUGGACGUAGCCAAUUAAUCAACUCGCUUUUUGAGCUUUAUCGAAGGUGUAAUUGAUUGCUAUCGAGCUUGGAUAUCGGUAGUAGCCUGUGUCGUCUGGUAGUAGUGUGUCGCAAACCUGGAAACUUUGCCAACCACCAGUGCCAUUUACGCGGGUGGGAUUACAGUCAGAAUAUGAUUGAUAACAUCUAGAUUCUGCAACGUGAAAAGUGAACUUACAACGAUGGAUAAAUUAUUCCGAAUCUUAAUAUUUUCAUUUUCGAUGAACCAUAUCUUAUGUCAGUCCGAGAUGGCUGGGAAUGGAACAUUGAGUAACCAGAGAAUAGAAACAUCAGCUACAACACAGGGAAUUCAACAUGUUAACCCGACAGAUCCGCCUGCAAUCGCGACGAUUCCGAGUACGAGUACGAGCUUGAUCAGUGGCAUGAAUACGACAUCGAGUCCGAGCUCUUCAACGAACGUGGUCACGACGACAGGAAAAAGCCAAACGAAAGCAACUGGUACGACUAUGAGUACCACUACAAAGAAUACGAUUACUACAUCGAGUAAAAGUACGACCAAAACUACGAGCACUGCUAAGAUUACGACCCCUUCAGAAAGUGCUAGCUACUUAGGUCCAUUAUCAUCAUCGCAUCCAUUCAGUUCUAAUUAUCAAGCUGGAAGUUCAGUUGAACCGUGUGUUAUUGAAAAUGGCGGUUGUAUGGAUAUAUGCCUUCCCAUCGGCCUAGAUAGUUACGAGUGUGCCUGUUUGGAUGGAUAUAUCUUAGAUCCUGAUGGUUACAAUUGCACAGAUAUUGAUGAAUGUGAACAGGAGGGGAUAUGCCGAGAAAAUGAGAUUUGUUUCAACAGACCGGGUUUCCAUGUUUGUAUGUGUAACAGCGGAUACUCGCCAGUUGGCCAUGAAGGAUAUUGCGAAGAUAUUGAUGAGUGUAUAGAAAACCCUGAUACCUGUGGUAUUGGUGGUGACUGCGUCAAUCUGAUCGGCGAUUACCAGUGCCACUGUCGAACAGGAUUCCUCUCAUUCUUAGGAGAUGGAAACUGUGAAGACGUGGACGAAUGUGAAUUCACGGAACUUCUUCACAUUCUGUGUGGACCUAAUGCUGUAUGUCUGAACACACCUGGGUCCUAUGACUGCAUGUGUUUAGACGGCUAUGAGCUGGAUGAAAAUGGUUUCUGUGUAGAUUUCAAUGAAUGUGAGGUGGAAAACUUCUGCGGAGAGGGCGCCACCUGCGAGAAUAGUGAGGGAUCGUAUCUCUGUGUAUGUCACGACGGAUAUGAGGAGACAGUAGAAGGAUGUGGAGAUAUUGAUGAGUGUGUUUUAGAGAACAUUUGCCCUGGGAUCUCUUUAUGUGUCAAUCUACCAGGCAGUUUUAUAUGUGUCUGCCCAUCAGGGUACGAAGGCAACGUGACCAAUUGCCAAGAUAUCGACGAGUGUGGCACUGCUCAACACGAUUGUCAUAUUUUUGCUAGAUGUGGAAACAUCAUUGGUUCAUUCUUCUGUCAAUGUUAUGCUGGUUUCCAUGGUAAUGGGAAACAUUGCGAUGAUGCUGAUGAAUGUGCCAUUGACAAUGGAGGAUGUGAACAUAUCUGUACCAAUGCACCUGGUACCUAUAGCUGCGAGUGUCGAAGAGGAUAUGAGGUAGAUAGAUACGAUCAUUCACAAUGUUUAGAUAAGAAUGAAUGUGAGCUCAACGACAAUCUCUGCCAGCAACAUUGUGUCAAUAUCGAUGGUUCGUACAGAUGUUCCUGCGAUGUGGGAUACCAGCUUCAUUCAGAUCGCUCGUCAUGCAUUGACAUCAACGAAUGCAACAUUAACAAUGGAGGAUGUGAGGAAGUUUGCACCAACUCACCCGGAACUUACCGUUGUGACUGUGGUCCCACCAGUGUCAUAUCACCAUCUAGUUCAUCAAGCUGUGUAGCAAUAACAACGUGUGAACAAAAGCAGGGUGGUUGCGACCAGGUCUGUCGCUUUGACCAACUAGGAAUCCAGUGCGCAUGCGGACCAGGUUACGUACUUAAUGAAGACAGACGAACAUGUGAUGAUCUUAACGAGUGUGCCGAUGCAAACGGAGGAUGUGAACACAAUUGUGUGAAUACAGUAGGAAGUUACCAUUGUACAUGUAGGAAUGGAUAUAUGGUCAGACCAAGAAACCGAUAUAGGUGUGACGCCAUCUGUGACCCUCCCUGUUUGAACUAUGGGAGAUGUACGGGACCAAACAAUUGUGUCUGCCCUGUAGGGUAUGGAGGAUCAACGUGUACUCCUACAUGUAACCCACCGUGUAUGCAUGGAGGGACCUGUCAGAGAUAUAACCAAUGCUCAUGUACAAGUCUCUAUACUGGAUCGUACUGCCAUCUACCUACUUGUGAACUACCAUGUAUGAACGGCGGUAAUUGCAUCGGACCAAACGAAUGUCAAUGCUCAGCAGGAUUCGAAGGAGAUCAGUGUCAAACACCUAAAUGUCAACCAGCUUGUGAAAAUAGAGGCAUAUGUUAUGCUUCCGAUACCUGUAUCUGUCGACCUGGAUUCUACGGACCUAGAUGCCAAUUUGAGCGAGCUCGAUGUACUAGACCCUGUCGAAAUGGAGGAACGUGUGUGGGGAUCAACAAGUGUAGCUGUACACCAGGAUAUCAUGGAUCAGUAUGUCAAUUAGUUGGUGAUGUCCAAUGCCGCCCUGCAUGUCAACAUGGAGGUACUUGCUUACCAAACAAUAGAUGUCGCUGUCCAUCUGGAACCACGGGAUUGAGAUGUGAGAAACGCAACUGUCCACUCCAAACAUUUUCUCAGACUUUACGACGUGGAUCAAGACGAUUCGUGAAGGAAAGCAAGCUUGAACCGUGUGGAACCUUUGGCUGGAGGACAUGCACAGUAUAUAGAACUGUGCAAAAGUACGUCUAUGAUACCAUGACCAGGGUCGGAUACAGAAUAUCAUGUUAACAACUUCAACGAGGAGGUAAAAGGUGAAGAUUGAUGACGCUCAACGCAUUGUUUGAAGAGAACGGGUUUUAAGUGAUGUAGCUGGAGAUUUGUGACGUCUAAAAAGAGAUUAUUUCAAUGUUGUACGUCUCUUGUUUAAAAACUGACUUGUAUUCUGCUUUUGUGCUGCCAAUGGAGGACAAUAAUCAUCAAAACCCUGCUGGAAGAAUACAGUGUCAGACGGUGUAAUCGCAGUGUGAUUACAAUAUUAACCAUGUGAAUAUGUAUCUUACAUUUUAACAUGUUCACAUUCAAACUGUGGAUACCUCUAAAGUGUGAGUUUUCACAGUGUGUGUCAACAGAAUUGAUUUUUUUGAAAUGCUAACGUGCUCAAAUGUAACAAUGUGAAGAUGUUUUCACAUUGCGUUCCGCACUGUGAACACUCUUGGAUACGCUGAGACACUAUAUGUGUUUUCCAAUAGGGAUUAAAAUCUAAACUUAAAUUUGUCUUAUCUUCGAUCGAUUUAAAUUUAUCAUGAGACCAGACUCACCUUAUUGUAAGCUUCUCAGAAGUUUGAAGAUUGACUUCACUAUGGUGAAGGUGUGAUAACUUUAAAAUGGAUCGUUAUACAGAAUUAAAUCAUGCAAGACAGACAAAUAUAUGAAACAGUAUAUUCAGUAUGUUAUUUUUUACGUCUUUCCUGAGUAUACAUCGUUUCACGAACAUUUAGCGUCUCAUUUCUCAUCUCUCAUGUGUCAUGUUUUUUUACAUCAUGUGUAACCAAGCUAUUUUAUAUGUGCCAUUUUUAUGUUUUUAUAUUGUAUUCUUUUAUUUGACAAAUGAGAAAUAAAAACGCUUGUACUGAAUUAAUUCAUUGAUCGCUAACUAUAAUUUUGAAUAUGGACAGUGGGGUAUAGAAGUAGUGUCAGUAUCCUGACUGCUUGCAUAUGGAGAGUAAAUCAUAGGCAAUAAAGAAUGAAAAGUUCUGUUAAACUUCAGUAAAGCUAUAUUUUUACAGUAGUUUUUAUGUUUGUGUAAUCAAAUAAAAAUAAUGCUUCAUAUAAUUUCGAAACCAUCCUACACCUAAUUGAGAAGAUACAAUUAGAUAACUUAACGGACAUUAGCAAUGAUAGUUGUUUUUGUGCAUGCCCUUGAAUUUCUUGUCCUGAAAUGGAUUUUAUGCCUAAAUUCUAACUGAGCAUUAUUUGGGUUUGAGCGAUGUUCAACAAUAUUCAACUGUUUUAAUUUUGUAUGGUGAUGUGGAAAUUUUUAAUGUCAUCAAUAAUCGAAUUCAACGUCAUUUAGGAUAAUGAAUUAUUUGCAGCCUUCGUUUGUUAACUUUCAUUCGUCCAAUUUGCAAAUAUCUUUCUUUGAUUGUUAAAUUUUCCCAUUCAAACUUUAUCUAUUAGAUUUUUUCAGAUCAUCAAACUAUCAUUUUAUGAAAAUAUUAUAUAAUUUUCCCUUGGUGCCACAUACCGGACUUAUCACUUAGAAUUGAUAAGAAACUGUAUGCUACAUAAUUAUGCAUAUUAUUUAUCUACUUUUGUCCAAAAUAAUUCAUCUUAUUUGUGGAUAAUCAACUAGCGUAAAUUUUGGGGAAGGGAGAAAUAUUCUCCCUUUUCUUGGGCGCGUGGCUCCUACCAUUUUGUUUAAUUGAAUUAAAUUCACCUUUUAUUGUAGCUUAAAUGCUUAAUUUGGCAUAAUUAGGCAUUAAAAAAAAACCCGUGAAUUUCUGGCUCGUUCGGUCUGCUUCCUCGUUUGGUUUACCUAAUUGAUUAUGAUCAAGCUGUGUGAACUUUUUGUCAAGGUUGUGUCUAUUGCAUCACAAUAGAGUGGUUAUAUUUCAUCGUUUUAUCAAUUAUGAUGUUUAUAAUUCAAACGACUUUUAAAUAUGGUUACCUACACAUUUUGUAUAUGCUUAAGUUGCACUUGCAUAACCAUGCAUAGUUAUUUUUUAUCCUGGCACAUUUGGAGAGAGGAGGGGUUGGUGCACAAAUAUACAUAUACUGAAAGAAAAAGGAAUAAUCAUGAUUAAAAAGUUAUUUCAGACAUGUAUGAGAUCGACUUGCCGUCGGAAUUCCUAGAGUAUUAUAACUCCUUUACUUUUACGAAUUUGUUUACAUUUUAGAUUUAGAUUUUAUUCUUUUCCGUUCAACAAAAUAAAAUCAAAGUAACAUGAUUACACAGGCAGUUCAAUGAUAUUACAUAAACAUUAAACGGGAACUAAAGUGAGCUGCAAUUAAUUUGGCUGUAAAACUAAAGUAUAUGGAACUAAACGGAGGGACUUGCCAAGAAAUUACUUAUUUAUUCAUUUUAUAUUAGAAUCUUAACAAUCUCUAAUAACAUAACGAUGGAAUAGCAAAAUUUCAAAAUGUGAAUUACCCUUUUUCCAGAAUUAUGAAGGCCUCAUCAACUUUUAUCCUUUUUGAUAUUAUGCAUUUUGUCCUUUUCAUUUCCAUCCAAAUGUGAUGCUAUUCACUAUACAUGUAGUUCUUAUUUACAAAACAUCAUUCAAGAAAUGUACUUAAUGGUGCUUAAGAAUCGCAAGAAUGCGGCGAAAAAAUAGCAACAUUUACUGUUGUCGGUACCCCUUUGAAACGAUUCCCUUUAUUUUGGAUGCUCCAGCAAUGUUGGUAUUUCAACUACUAGUAAAUAUAAUGUACCACCACCCCCUUCUUCACUCCUCUACCUGGAUCAGAUUUUACACCAUUGCUAUAAUCAUCAUUCCUCGAUUUGACGAAGGAAAGUAUCACAUUUUAAAACACUUUGGUAAAGAGAACGUGAGCAUGAUAACAAAUGUUUUGUUUAGUCGACCAAAAUGUAUAAUAAAGUGCUUUAUAGUUUA